AUGGUUGAAACGAGUGGUAAUUCUGAAUUAGAAGAGUUGAGUUCAUCCCCACUAGAUAGUAAUUCAGUUGGAUCGAUUAACGGAGAUAAUUUAGAUGAUUCGUUCGACCAAUCUAUAGAUUCAGAUGGUACUUUAGAAAACUCGCUUCAAGAUAGUUUUAUUGUUGAUGAAGUAGAGGAAGAGCUAGGGAAUCUGAAUUUGGUUUCAGACCACGCUUGUGCAUACUGUUCUAUUGAUUCGCCCACGAGUGUAGCGAAAUGUAAUGACUGUAAGAAGUGGUUUUGCAAUUCGAAGAUAGGAUGCUCAAGUUCUCAUAUUGUGAAUCAUUUAGUUGCUUCGCAUCAUAAAGUAGUUUCAUUGCAUGAAGAUUCUGAUUUUGGGGAUACAGUUUUGGAAUGCUAUAACUGCGGUUGUCAAAAUAUAUUUCUUUUGGGUUUUGUUGCGGCCAAGAGUGAAGCGGUAGUAGUAAUCCUUUGCCGUUUGCCUUGUGCUCAGACCAAAAAUGUGAACUGGGAUACGGAUCAGUGGCAGCCACUAAUUGACAAUAGGCAGCUUUUGAGCUGGGUUGCCGAGGAGCCUAGUGAUGAAGACAAAUUGAAGGCAUCUCGAAUUACACGGUCUCAGAUAUCGAAGUUGGAAGUUAAAUGGAGAUCAAACAAGGAUGCCACGGUAAAGGACAUAGAAGAUCUGGAAGCCCAGGAAGAAGUUCCAACAGCAUUAUUGAAAUACACAGAUGCUUACGAAUACCAGAGGACCUUUGGGCCAUUAGUACUCCAUGAGGCGAAUUAUGAUAAACAGUUGCGUGAGUCUCAAGGGUUGGAACAUAUUUCUGUUACUUGGACAUUGGCUCAAAAGAAUCAAUAUCUUGCGUCCUUUAUGUUGUCGACAUAUGAUUCUAAUGACUUGAAAGUCAAUGUCGGAGAUGAAAUGAUUUUAAGAUAUUCCGGAUUAUUGCAUCCUGCCUGGGAAGGUCGCGGGUAUAUUUUAAGGCUUCCUGGCAGUAUUCAGCAAGAAUUCACCUUGGAAUUGAAAAAGGGUAGCAAGAACCCCCCAACAAAUCUGAAUACUGGUUUCACUGCAGAGUUUGUUUGGAAAGGUACCACCUAUGAUAGAAUGCAGGAUGCCUUGAAGAAAUUUGCUGUUGAUAAAAAAAGCAUUUCUGGCUACUUGUACUAUAAAAUAUUGGGCCAUGACGUUCCUGAAAUAAAGUUUGAUGUUAAUAUGCCAAAGGACUUUACUAUUCCAAACUUUACUGCUCUUAACCAGUCCCAAAAGAAAGCCAUUUCUCACGUUUUACAACAGCCGUUAUCCUUGAUACAGGGUCCUCCGGGUACUGGUAAAACUGUCACAUCCGCAGCAAUAGUUUACUUUUUGUCGAAGAUGCAUAAGGAACAUAUUUUAGUUUGCGCUCCGUCAAACGUUGCUGUUGAUCAUAUUGCAUCGAAAUUGCGUGACAUGGGAUUGAAAAUUGUGAGACUAACUGCAAGGAGCAGGGAAGAUGUUGAAUCUAGCGUUAUGGAUUUAUCAUUGCAUAAUCUGUUAAAAAGAUCUGCCAAGGGAGAAUUAAAAAGAUAUUUAAAUCUUAAAGACUCUGGAGUUGAAUUAACGAACAAGCAGUCUCGGGCAUACGUAAAGUUAUUAAGAAAAUUGGAGUUUGAAAUCUUUAAGAAAGCUGAUGUCGUGUGUUGUACAUGUGUUUGCGCCGGUGACAGAAGACUGGAGAGGAAGUUCAAAUAUGUCUUAAUCGAUGAGAGCACGCAGGCAUCCGAACCAGAAUGUUUGAUCCCAAUGGUCAAAGGUGCGAAGCAGGUUGUCUUAGUCGGUGACCAUCAGCAAUUAGGUCCUGUUAUCUUAGAUCGCAAGGCGGACAAAGCAGGGUUAAAGCAGUCUUUAUUCGAAAGAUUAAUACAACUAGGUCAUGUUCCAAUACGCUUGGAAAUUCAAUAUCGUAUGCACCCACAUUUGAGUGAAUUCUCCAGCAAUACGUUCUACGAUGGAGUUUUACAGAACGGUGUUACUAUUGAAGAACGUACGAUAUCAAAUAAUUCAUUCCCUUGGCCCAUUAGCGAUAUUCCGAUGAUGUUUUGGGCAAAUUAUGGUAGAGAAGAAAUCUCUGCUAAUGGAACAUCAUAUUUAAAUAGGAUUGAAGCAAUCAAUUGCGAGCGUGUCAUAUCGAGGUUAUUUAAAGAUGGUGUUAAACCGGAACAGAUUGGUGUUGUUACGCCCUACGAAGGCCAAAGAGCUUAUAUUGUUCAAUAUAUGCAGAUGAACGGUGCUAUGGAUAAAGAUAUGUAUCUCAAUGUUGAAGUGGCUUCUGUUGAUUCUUUCCAAGGACGUGAGAAAGAUUAUAUUAUAUUGUCAUGUGUACGUGCAAAUGACCAGAAAUCUAUUGGAUUUUUAGUGGAACCUCGUAGGUUAAACGUGGCACUGACUCGGGCAAAAUAUGGCUUAGUUAUUUUGGGAAAUCCAACAUCUCUUUCUCGUAACAGCACUUGGAAUGAUUUACUAGUUCACUUCAGGGAAAAAGGUUGUUUAGUUGAAGGGACCAUGGACAACUUACAGCUCUGUACAGUCCAGUUAACCAGAGCGAAGAAGAGAUCUCGUAGAUUUCAAAAUGCUGAUCAAAACGGAAGUUGGCAAUUCGACGAUGGGAACGAGCUCCAAGAGGUCCCUUUUUUCAAUAACAGAGAGGUGGAGGCACACAGUUUAAUGUCAUUUGGUGGGCAGGCACUUGAUAGCGUUUUCAUGCCCAGCAGUAACUUGUCAUCGUUCAUAGAAAAUCAGAAUAGCCAUCCGGACAAUGCAGUGGCAAUUUCCACUUCAGUUCAUUCAUAUCAAAACAGAGACGAAAAAAACCAUGCUAAUUCAAAUGAUUCACAGCCGAGAAGAUACCAGAAGGGCACAAAUACACCACACUACGAUACGGUGGAAGUUGAGGAUGCUGAGAAUCAUAUAAAUCCACUAAAAGCAUUGAAUAGUUUGGUUUCAAAUAAGUGA